AUGGCUGAAUACAAGCUUUCAUAUGAAUCUCAACUGGAUGCCUUCCACCCUUCUUACCGCUGGGAAAGCCAGCGCGAAACCGAAGAUUGGAAAACCGCAGCCCUCCGCGGUCCCGGAUUGCCACUCCUAGGUAAUGCGGUCGCCGGCGCAGUGGGAUCUGCAAUCUCAAACGUCGCCAUCUACCCUCUCAGCGUUAUAGUUGCUCGACUACAGACCCAAAAGACCGCCGAAGGAUCCAAAGGUAAACCAGAUGAAGAAGAAUAUACCGACCUUGUCGACGCCGCACGCAAAAUCCACGCAGACGAAGGCUUCGCAGGCUUCUACCCGGGCCUUACGCAGGAUACAUGCAAAGCGAUCGCAGAUUCCUUCCUCUUCUUCUUAGCUUACUCAAUUGUUCGCCAGCGGAGAAUCGUCGCGCGCAUAGGUGCCGCCCGUGCGGCGAAGAGCAAGAAUAUCAUCCUCCCCAUCCUGGAUGAGCUUGUUAUCGGUGUCGUCGCGGGCGCUUUCUCAAAACUAUUCACUACCCCGCUGUCGAACAUCGUCACUCGCAAACAAACCGGUGCGCGCAAAGACCCCACAUAUAAGAAUCUCUCCACGAGGGAAAUAGCUUCUCGUAUCUGUGCUGAAAAGGGCCUUCGCGGUCUCUGGUCUGGAUACUCCGCAUCUUUAGUCUUAACCCUGAAUCCAUCCAUCACAUUCUUCCUAAAUGAGGUGCUGAAACGUGCCUUUAUCCCACGCUCAAAGGGUGGCAAAGCCUCUAUCGCACUGACAUUUCUCUUGGCGGCCAUGAGCAAAGCCGCAGCAUCGUCUAUGACAUAUCCAUUCUCGUUGGCGAAGACAAGAGCGCAGGCUAUGUCGGGUUCAAUGCCGCCAACCAACAAAGGAAAAGGUAGACCUUCUACUUUGAAUACCAUCAAAACUACCUUAACGCCCAAGAUUCUCUCUGCCGUCCUGGCCAUCCACCGUGAAGAAGGCACUGCAGGUCUCUACACCGGCUUAUCAGGCGAAGUCCUCAAAAGCUUCUUCUCGCACGGCUUCACAAUGUUAGCUAAGGAUGCGGUAUAUGCCUCCAUCGUCAAGAUGUACUACCUUCUCCUCGUCAUACUCCGUCGCUAUCCAUCCCCAGACGACCUGCUCGCCCGAGCUCGCGAACAAGUAGAAGAAUACAGUGAGAUCGCACGUGAAGGUGCCCGUGACCUAGCUGAACGAACGCGCGAGAGCGCUGAGAAUGUCCUGGCUAGUCAGGCUGCUGAUAAAUCUACUUCUUUUGCAGUUGCGAGUGCCAAGGUUGGGAUUGAUGCGAUGUCCAGUCUGAAGGGACGGCCUGAUGAGGUUAAUGAAACGGCUGAGUUGGUCGGUGAUUAUGUUGAGGAUGAGGCUGCAGAGUGGAAGACUUUUUAUCAUUGGUUCUGGGAGAAGAAUCGGGAAGAUUGA